AUGACUGGUGUCGAAGCUGCUGCCAUAUCUGCUGUAGCAUCUGGAAUAUUAAAGAUUGUGGGAAACAAGUUAGCACCACUGGUGAUAAGAAAGUAUACCUCUACAGUGGGUGUGCAAAAAGAUCUCCAGGAGCUUCAGGUCCUAGUUGAGGAUAUAAACUCUUGGCUGGAAAGCGCAGGAUAUCAAGCUUUGGGGGAUGAUGCAUCAUUUAGUUGGUUUAAACAGUUGAAAGAUGUUGCUUACGCUGUUGAUGAUGUUGUCGAUGAGUACCAGCUGAAGGCUGAGAGAAAUGAUGCUUCUGGUGAUGGUGGUAUUGUGUCCAGAUAUAUGCGUAGAAAACCAGAAUCGUUCAUAUUUCAUUGUAAGGCAGCUAAGAAGAUCAAGGCAAUCAAGAAGAGAUUUGCUACAAUUGUGAAGCAAAGAGCCAACAUCAAUAUAAUAGCUACUAGUUUACCUGGUGGUCGUCAUUCUGUUUUCCAUAUAAACAAGACAGCUGUGGGGCUGUCGUCAGUGCCUGCCAUGGAUGCGGCAUUAAUACUCGGAAGAGAAAUGGAGAAGCACCAGCUAAUAUCUAAAUUAAUUGAAACCAGUGACCAACAAAAAACCAUGAUAGUCUCCAUUGUUGGACUUGGUGGAUCUGGCAAAACUACCUUGGCUAAACUUGUUUUCAAUGAUGGUAACACUAUAGCAAAGCAUUUUAAAGUUAGACUAUGGGUUCAUGUGUCACAAGAAUUUGAUUUUGAAAGUAUUGUUGGGAAGCUGUUUGAAGCUAUUGUCCAUGGCAAGUCUGAAUGCCAUAACUUGCAGCAUAUGGUCAAAAGAAUAUCAGACGAGUUGACUGAAAAGAUGUUCUUGCUUGUACUGGAUGAUGUUUGGACUAAGGACCGAAUUGAGUUGGAACAAUUUAUGGUACUUAUGAGGAGCGGUGGAUCUGGAAGCAGGAUUUUACUAACUACUCGCAAUAGCGAUGUUGCUGAAGCAGUGGAAUCUGCAUAUCUAUUUAACCUGCCACUCUUGUCUUUGGCUGACAGCUGGCAACUAUUUCUUCAAAGCUUUGGUAUGACGGUGGAAGGUUUGGACAGAGAAUUCCUAGAUGUUGGAAAUGAGAUUGUAAACAAAUGUGGUGGGGUGCCGCUAGCAAUUAAAGAUGUGGAAGAAAAUUAUUAUGGGAGAGUGACAUGCAAGAUGCAUGAUUUGAUUCAUGAUCUUGCACACUCCAUACUAAAAGAUGAAAUUUCACUUGAUGUGCCAAAGGAGGGAACCAGCUUGACAAAGAGCUACCGAUACUUUUCAUUAACUAAACAUACAAGAAUUCUUCCAUCCAAAUGUCCUUUCGGAAAGGCACGUGCUAUUUAUGUUAACAAUGGUGAUGAUACUAUAUUUGGAAGCACAUUGCAGAAUGCGAAGCAUUUACGUAGUAUCACUAUGGAAUCUAUGUUUGUGGCAGCAAUUCCUAGUGCCAUAUUCAAGGUGAAAAUUUUGAAAUAUCUUGAGAUUUCAAGGCUGAAAUGUGAAGCACUCCUGGAAGCCAUUUCAAAUUUCUGGACCCUGCAAGCUCUUCACAUGGCAUCCAGUGAUCUCCUCGAUUUGCCUAAAACCAUUGACGAUGCACACAAGGCAUGCUUGAAACAAAAGACAAACUUACAGAGUUUGGACCUGGAAUGGAUAGCACAUGAGGCAGGUGAGGUGGACACUGAGUUGGAGCAGGCUGUACUUGAUGGUCUAGAACCACCACCACAGAUUAAAGAGUUGAAAAUUAAUGGGUAUUCUGGUAGCCAAUACGCAGAGUGGAUGCAGAAUAAAGUGAGUGGCAGAGUACAGGGGCUUGUUCACUUCCCAUUUUUUAGGGUGGUGAAGUUAUAUGAUUUUCCUAACUUGAAGCAUCUACAUGGGCUUGUGGAGCUGCCUUGUUUGGAUGACCUUGAGCUGCGAGCAAUGCCUUCUCUUGAGAGCAUAAGCGGAGGCCCAUUUCCUUCCCUGUUGAAGUUAGAAAUGGAUAAACUGCCUAGUUUAGGAGAAGUGUGGUUGGUAGCUGAGAGAACCAUACCUGAUGACUGUCCUAAGUUGAAGUUCAAGCCACACAUGCCUUUGUCACUGGAGAACCUGCAGUUGUCCGAGAGCAGCGAGCAACUGCUGCAAUCGCCUGCAGACCAAUGCCUGGGGUCCUCUUGCUACUCUAAUUUCAGCCACCUGAAGAAGCUUGGGCUAUGGGGGGAUGACAGGACUAGGAUUUGGACGUGGGUGGGAGCUGCUGUAACACUUGACGACACUCGAGUCAUUGGAGAUCAACUCCUCUCUUGUGCUAACCGAGCUGCCAGAGAGCUUGCGGAGCCUCACGUCCCUCCGGUCUCUGAGCGUGUUCGCAUGCUCAGCUCUUCUCAUGCUGCCCGAGUGGGCCUCACCUCCCUUCAAGAACUCUGGAUCAGUGAUUGCCCGGGCGUCGCAUCCUUACCGCAAGGGGUGAAAUGCCUCUCCUCCCUCGAGCUAAUUAACGUCAAUGGCUGCCCGGGAAUCAAAUCAUUGCCCGAGGACAUAAAAAGCCUCACAACUCUGAUGGAGUUGCGGAUCCAUAGGUGCCCUAAUCUGGAGAGGCUCUGCGAGAGAGGAAAGGGGGAGGACUGGCACCUCAUCUCCCACAUCCCUAAUUUGAGGAUUUGGCGAUGCGCGGCUGCCUUCCAUGGCAUCAUCUGGUGA